CCAACCAAACAUCUACAGCCGCUCCCCUUCCGUCUCGUCUCGUCUCGUCUCGUCUUCUCCACUACCAGUCUACCACCACCACCGCUGCUCGCGAGACAGAAACCGCAAGGAACCAAACGCCUUUCCGCUCCGCCGCUAACCAACCACCCACUCGUCCGCGACAAGCCGUCGUGUUUUUUGUCUUCUUCGUUCUUUCAUCCAUCCAACCAUCCGUCCGUCCGUCGAGGGAUCGGAUCGGAGAUGGGCGCGGAGGCGGAGUGCGACAGGAUCAGGGGGCCGUGGAGCCCCGAGGAGGACGACGCGCUGCGGCGGCUGGUGGAGCGGCACGGCGCGCGCAACUGGACGGCGAUCGGGCGCGAGAUCCCUGGCCGGUCGGGCAAGUCGUGCCGCCUGCGGUGGUGCAACCAGCUGUCGCCGCAGGUGGAGCGCCGGCCCUUCACGCCCGAGGAGGACGCCGCCAUCGUCCGCGCCCACGCGCGGCUCGGCAACCGCUGGGCCGCCAUCGCGCGCCUCCUCCCAGGGCGCACCGACAACGCCGUCAAGAACCACUGGAACUGCUCCCUCAAGCGCAAGCUCGCCGUCGCCACCACCGCCGCCGCCGUGUCCGGUUCGGGAGUGGUCUCCGCUGACGCCGCCGCCGAGAUCGAGGCGACGCGCCCGAUCAAGCGCGUCAGCCUCUCGCCCGACAGCCCGUCGGGUUCCGGGUCGGGGUCCGGGUCUAGGUCCGACCGUAGCGACCUCAGCCACGGCUCCGGCUCCGGCUCCGGCCAGAUUUACCGCCCGGUGGCGCGGUCCGGUGGGUUCGAGCCAGCAGACUGCGCGAUGAGCCGUCCGCAGGAGGACGACGACCCGCUGACCUCCCUCAGCCUGUCGCUCCCGGGCACGGACCACCAGCGGUUCCACCACGACCGCGCCCACAGCCAGUUCCAGGAGCUCCCGGCGUCGCCGCCCUCACCCUCCCCGCCUUCUCCGGCGGCGGCACCACCCUCGGCGUACCCGUUCAGCCCGGACUUCAUGGCGGCGAUGCAGGAGCUGAUCCGCACGGAGGUGCAGCGGUACAUGGCGAGCGUGGGCGUGCGCGCCGGGUGCGGCGCCACGGGCGGUGCCGCCGACCUCUGCAUGCCGCAGCUUGUCGAGGGCGUCAUGCGCGCCGCCGCCGAGCGAGUCGGCCGGAUGCAGUAGGAUGCUUUCCCAAAUCAUCCAUCACAGAAUCUAGAGGACGAACGCAACCUGUUCUUAAUAGUAGCAAGUUUCUUUCCUUCUUUUUAAUUAAAAUUUUAUUUUAUUUCCUCGACGAACCGCUGUGGAACCGAAACAGCAGUGAAGAGUCUAGCAACUGUAGAAUGAGAGGGUAGAAAAUGUAAGGCUGGGCUGAAAGCCUGAAUGUAUAAGGCGCUGCCUCUCUGUACAGGAAAGAAACGAAACGAAACGAAAUGAAAAGAUCGGCCCUACAAUCUGAACUCU